CAGUAAAAUGGCGCCAGAACUAGUGGCGGGCUGAGCACACUGGGCCACUCGAAGCCGGCCCUGCGGUCCCCGGGCCGACCCGGCCCCUCCCGGACAUGGAGGACGUGGAGGCGCGCUUCGCUCACCUCCUGCAGCCCAUCCGCGACCUCACCAAGAACUGGGAGGUGGAUGUGGCGGCCCAGCUGGGCGAAUAUCUUGAGGAGCUGGACCAGAUCUGCAUUUCUUUUGACGAAGGCAAAACCACAAUGAACUUCAUUGAGGCAGCACUGCUGAUCCAGGGCUCCGCGUGUGUCUACAGUAAGAAGGUGGAAUAUCUCUACUCGCUGGUCUACCAGGCUCUUGAUUUCAUCUCUGGCAAGAAGCAGGCCAAGCAGCUCUCCUGUGAGCGGGAAGACGGGCCCAUUGGGGAUGCCGGCUCCAGGGCCCCCCAGGAAGUGGAGUAUGAGUUCCUGUCGUUGGAUGACCUCUCUGAUUCCCGUGCUAACGUGGAUCUGAGGAGUGACCAGGCCCCCAGUGAGACCCUCAUCGUCCCCCUCCUGCCCAUGGCCCUGGUAGCCCCUGAUGAGAUGGAGAAGAAUAGUAACCCCCUGUACAGCUGUCGGGGGGAGGUCCUGGCCAGCCGGAAGGAUUUUAGGAUGAAUACGUGCACCCCCCACCCCAGAGGAGCCUUCAUGUUGGAGCCGGUGGGCAUGUCCCCCAUGGGGGCACUGCUGCCGAGGAACCAGAAGGAGGCCGGGAGGGCUGAGGAGCAGCCAAUGGAAGUCUCUGCGUGCAGGAGUCCCGUCCCGGCGCUCAGCACCUCCCAGGAGCCAGGCACCACUCCAGAAGGCCCAGUGCCCGGAGGUGGGGGUGAGGAAGAGGAUACAGAGGGGGCAGCAGAGCCCCCCGAGGCCUCAGCCCCUGAGGUCCCGAUGGAGCCGCAGGAGCCCAGGAGCCCAGAGCAGAGUGCGGCCCAGCCCAGGAGGUGUGCACUACGGGAGCGAAGGGAGGCCCUGGAGCCUGCGUCCCGGCUGAAGGAGACCCCAGACCCCUGGCAGGGCCUGGACCCCUUCGACUCCCUGGACUCUAAGCCCUUCAGGAAAGGUAGGCCCUACUCUGUGCCCCCCUGUGUGGAGGAGGCUCCAGGACAGAAGCGUAAGAGGAAGGGUGCUGUCAAGCUGCAGGACUUCCAUCAGUGGUACCUGGCUGCCUAUGCUGACCACGCUGACAGCAGGAGGCCCCGGCGAAAGGGCCCUUCCUUUGCAGACAUGGAGGCGCUGUACUGGAGGCACGUGAGGGAGCAGCUGGAGAGCCUCCGGAAGCUGCAGAGGAGGGAGGCGGCUGAGCGGUGGCGGCCGAGGGCUCAGGAGGAACCGUGGCCUGCGGAGGAGGACCGGCUGGAGGACUCCCUGGAGGACCUGGGAGCGGCAGCAGGUGACUUUCUAGAGCCCGAGGAGUACGCAGAGCCUGAAGGAGCCGAGCCCGGGGAAGACGCAGACCUGGAAGCGGAAGCCAUGCCGGCGUCCCUAAGCUACGAGGAGCUGGUCCGGAGGAACGUGGAGCUCUUCAUCGCCACCUCGCAGAAGUUUGUCCAGGAGACAGAGCUGAGCCAGCGCAUCAGGGACUGGGAGGACGUCAUCCAGCCCCUGCUCCAGGAGCAGGAGCAGCACGUGCCCUUUGACAUCCACGCUUACGGGGACCAGGUAGUCUCAAGGUUCAGCCAGCUCAACCAGUGGUGUCCCUUUGCGGAGUUGGUGGCUGGCCAGCCUGCCUUUGAGGUGUGUCGUUCCAUGCUGGCCUCCCUGCAGCUGGCUAAUGACUACACAGUGGAGAUCACCCAGCAGCCUGGGCUAGAGGCGGCGGUGGAUACCAUGUCCCUGAGACUGCUCACGUACCAGCGGGCCCACAAGCGCUUCCAGACCUAUGCUGCCCCCUCCAUGGUCCAGCCCUGAGUGGGGAGCACUGAGACCAGGGUUGGGCCCUGGAGCCCUGUCCCCCGCAGGUGCUGGGCAUGCAUCUGCUCACUCCACUUUGCUUCCUGGCUCGCCCAGCCCAAUAAAGUGUUGCCAUCCCGCCAA